AUGAGUGUUGAUUGUCCUCCAGAUAAAGUUCUCUGCGAGCUAGUGGCGAAAGACCACGAUUUCUCACGGUCCAACGGUCCGUAUCAAUUCGAAAAUUUAAUCGACAACUCGUCAAACUUUGGUAGAAAUGGUGCUGGCUACAACUCACAAUUCCAGGACCACGCCAAACCUGAAGAAGUCCUACUUGACGGCCUGCAUUUGGGUCAGCCAGUUUUCGCGGAACUGGGUGACUGGAGUGUUCACAACCCCUCAUCGGUGACCCCUCCAUUACUACACUCCCCGGAAGACUCUCACGAGAGUGCCUCCAGCAGAGGUCUGAACAAGCCAGUGAGAGAACGUGAUGGUUAUGAGCAGAACAGUCUUCCAGAGGAAGCGCUUUCAGAACAAGAAAUUCUGGCCCGCAAGAAGGCCCAAAACAGGGCUGCCCAAAAAGCUUUUAGAGAACGCAAAGAAGCCAGGUUAAAAGAGCUGGAGACGAAGUUAUCGUCCAGUGAACGUGACAGACAAGCGCUUCUUAAAGAGCUUGAAGAUUUGAAAAAGCACAAUCUAGAGAUAACAACUGAAAAUCGUCUUCUCCGGAGCAAAACUGAGUCCAACUCAGCACAGAGCGUGCGAGCCGAACCAGCUAAGUACCAUUUUCCAUCUCAGAGAGAAUUCAUUAGAGCAACAAGUGGCGAUCAUUCAAUCGACUCGUUGGACGAGCUCGCCAGCACCUCCUACGAACGUGGCGGAGAGAAGCUGCUGACCUUGCCCGCCACUUGGGAAUACUUACAUGAACUAUCCAAGAACAACGAAUUUGAUGUAUACUCCGUAAUGGAAAACUUACGAGGUCAAGAAGUCUGCCACGGCUACGGUCCAGCCUACCGCCAGGACGUCGUCGACAACAUCGUACGGCAUUGUGCAUAA